AUAAGUUUUUAAUUUGUUUAUUAUUGGUUUUGUCGCGUUAUAAAAAAAAGAGUUGAAUAUUGUUACUUUUUUGUUGAGAUGAUAUAUGUAAACUAAUAUAAUUUGCAUUUACAGAUUUACUGUCCUUAAAGUAUGACAAGAUCACAUAUAAAAUAUGAAAUUGCAAAAGAUGCAGAUGAUACCUCAGAUUAUUUUCUUCAACCUGUACAGGAAUUUCCUAAUACAUCUAAGAAAGAAGUAUCUCCUUGGAAGAAACUUUGCAAAAUUCUUACAUUAAUUGUUAUUUACUUUGUCUUAUCAGUAGGCCUCACAUUUUAUGUACAAUGGCUUUACAAUUCAUAUGGAUUUCAUUUUCCUCUAACUGUGGUGAUAUGUCAUUUAUCAAUUAAAUUUCUUUUAUCUUCUCUAAUAAGAUGUAUUAAAACAUGUUGGAAAAGACAGCAACAAUUAAAACUUUCUUUACAUAGUAUAUUAUGGAUGGUUAUGCCAGUGGGUAUAGCUAGUGGUCUUGAUGUUGGUUUAUCAAACUGGGCAAUUUCAUUAAUAACAAUGUCAUUGUAUACUAUGACAAAAUCAACUACUAUUAUUUUUAUUCUUGGAUUUGCUCUUAUUUUAAAAUUAGAAAGAAAGUCUUGGUCAUUAAUAUGUAUUGUAGUAAUGAUAUCAGGAGGCUUAUUUAUGUUUACUUACAAAUCAACACAAUUUGCUAUUUUUGGAUUUGUAAUUUGCCUCCUAGCAUCAUUUUCAAGUGGUGUACGAUGGACUAUGACACAACUUAUUAUGCAAAAGUCUAAACUUGGAAUGAAAAGCCCAAUUGAUAUGAUGUACUAUAUGCAACUAUGGAUGCUGUUACCUGUUGUGCCAGUGAUGAUAUGGUUUGAGGGAUCUCAUGUGUACAGUAGCUUUAAAAAUAUUGAUUGGAAUGAUGUACAAUCUAUUGCAAUGACUACUAUUGCUGUGCUUGGAAGUGCUAUUAUUGCUUUCCAUAUGGAAGUCAUGGAAUUUCUAGUUGUAACAUACACUUCUAGUCUUACUCUUUCAAUUACUGGCAUAAUUAAAGAGAUAUGUAUUUUAAUUUUGGCUGUUGAAUGGAAAGGUGAUCAAAUGAGUGGCCUUAAUUUUAUAGGGUUGUUAAUGUGCCUUGGUGGUAUCAUAAUUCACUCUAUUCAAAAAAUAUUAUCAAAUAGAAAUAAGAAAAAUGAAAACUUGGAAUUACAAGUAAAUUCUUCGCUAAGUCUUAACUUAAAAAACGAAGAAGGAAUCGAUACAAAUUUACCUCUUUUAACACAAAAAUCAACUUCUAUAACAAAUCUUUUAAAUGCGGAAUUCAGUUCGGAAGAAGACGAUACGAUGAAACACGGUGAGAAUUCUACUCAAAUAUUGUCUAAUAUAUUGCAACGAAGGGAGCAGUAAAUCGUAGACUUGUGAUAUUGGUGUGCAACAAGACAAGAUUUAUUUACUAUUGAAGGUCAUUCCAUGUCUGACAUACAUACUGCAUUUUAUAACUAUUCUUAUGUUUGUAUUCAGUUGUAUAUCCUACAACUGCUUUUAUUUUUAAUGAAAUUUUCAUUAAUGAGUCAUAUGUUUAAGGAUGUAGUCUAUAUUAUUGGUAAACUUUAUAUUAAUGUACCAAAUUCAUUUGUUCUAUGAUUAUAUGAACAUGAACACCUAAACUUUUACUCCAGCAUUUAUUUAUAAUGUUGUAAACAUAUAAACAGUGCAUAAAAAAAGAAGGCAUACAAAUAUUUAUUAUGGUAAAAAGAGUUAAAAGACCAUUCCUUUCAUAAAUAAUACCGUGAAUUAUAUUUAUUUAAGGACUUUCUAUAAGUUUAACUUAUCCCUAAAAAUUUCAGUCUGUGUUAGUAGUUCUUUAUUCGAAAAUGGCAUAAUCAUAUCUUACCGAUUAGUAGUAUUUUUAAUUUUUUUAUUUUUUUUUUUUGAACAUUAAGGAUCCAAUAAACGCACAGUAUAAUAAUAGAUAAUUGAAUACUGCUUGUAAAUUGAAUGUUGUUAAUAACAUUUGCAAAUUUAAUGUAAUUUUUUCAGUCAGAAUUUUAGUAAAAAGAUAGUAUUAUUGUUUAAUAUUAUUUUUUGUAAUGUGCAUAAAUAUCCAUGGAUUUAAGUAAAAGUUAAUAACUAAUGAAUACUAAUGUCGUUUAUAAAGAAUUUUCUUACAAUUUUGUUGUUUUUAAUACUUAUGUAAAAUAUUGUAUUUAUACAUUUUUGAAACAUUACGUUUUAUAUUAUUACGUGAUGCUCAUUUGAUAAUACACAAACUCAUCUGUGUAUUAAUACUAGUAACAUAUGUCAAAGAAAUUUAAUUUGUAUGUUCUCAUAUUGAGAAUGUUAACUUUAAAAUUUAUAAUAAAUUUUGUAUAUAUAAGUAUGUUAUUUUAUAUUUUAUUUAAUUUUGAAUAACAAGUACUAUGAACUUCACUUACUGUAAGAAAUAUUCUACACGAUUCAAUUUUUAUUAUGCUGUAAACUCUGCUUAAAUGUUAUAUUUGACAAUAUAAUAUAUGAUAAUCAAGUGUAAGGAAAUAUGUGUAUAAAUAUUGUAUUUAAAAGCAAUAUAAAGUAAAAGCGACCUUCUUCGUAUUAAAAUUAAGUUUUAUUAGUAAUGCAUGGAUAGUUGUUUGAUUUUUUUUUCUUUUUAAUAUUUUAAGUUGAUCCGUUUAAAAUAAUGAAAUGAACUUAUUUUGUAUAUACAAUUGUAUUACUACGAUAAAAUGAAUAAAUAUGAUGUAUACCUAACAUAA